GCGCCCUUCUUCCUGUACGCUGCCUCUUUACCUCUGCCGCUUAUCUGGCCGCAUUGCCCAUACAAGUCGCCACUCGUCCCCUCAUUGGUGUUUUUCCUGCGGUGGUGCAUAAUAUUACUUCUACUCCUAGCCAUGUUCUUGGUUGUCAUUCCUUUCUUCGCUAUCAGCCUUCUUAUCAAGAUGUGCAGCUCGGAGGACAUUGCAGACUUCAAUAUGAAAAGGCUGGGUCCUGAGCGUAGCUGGGACUGGGCGGCCGAAUUAGUUGCGCGAUACGUUACAGCUGCAUUCGACUCCGACCAGGACUUCUGGGCCAAGCAGGAGGUCAAACAGUUGGCGAGGAAGGAGGAAGGAGAUACUAUGCACGGCGGGGGUGGUGCGCUGGCACGGGCACCUGCAGCCGUUGCGCGCAGCCAGCUGGACCGCCUCGAGCCUUGUCUUCUGUCGCUCCCUGUUCCGGAGCGAACGCGCGUUAUGGUGCAAUGGAUGUCGUUUUACUUCGGUGUCAGCGGCGAAGACUUUGCCCUAUUGGACCACAGGUCGCCGAUUGCCCUGAAUAUUUUGUCUAGGGUCAACCGUGCUUUCGCUGACACGUACCAUCAAUUCUUGCUCAAGACAUUGCCGGACGAAUGGUCAUCUCGCGACUGGGUAUACAAGGACAAGGACAUGGCCUGUAUUCUCAUUUUGUUAACUUGGAUAUACAAGGCCGAUUUCGCCAGUCAAUUGCGACCUAUCUGGGUCCCGUUACUGAUCGAAAUAUGUGAAUCACAAGGUACCGGCCUCGAUCUCGUCAAGUCGAGCAAUGAUUACGACGUACUUCGAUAUCCCACCGUAUGCCUCUUUGAAUCUACCGUGACAGGUCUACAUAAACCCAGUUCGAUCGAGGUAGACCGGAUGGUCUCACUGGCAACCAAACGUAUCCCGCGACUGGUAGAGAUUAACCAGCGGUUUGAGAACGGCUACCUCGAGCAAACAGUGGACAUGGCGCUCGGAGCUGUCGCCGCGUCUCUCCAUGCCGUUUCGCAAGACGAGCAUGCCACGUACGACAAGCCACAGAAUAUCCGUCAUCUGCUAGAGGAGUUCGAUCGCUUUGUCGUCGCCCAACGGCAGGGAAUUCGAUAUAUGGCCAAUUUAUCCCUGAAGCAACCGGACCAAGUCUUGGUCGUCACUCGCAAGGCGAUGAAAUCCGUCGUGGACUCCCUCCUGGAUCUGGCACAAGGCGAUCGGCUACCCAUCGAAAUAGCUCAGGCACUCGCUCGAAAUCUCAUGGAGACCUGCAAAGAGCAGCGUGCGUUCGAGGACAUCAUGCCUUCCUUGAAUCGCUUAUCCGAAAUAGUGAUGCCAAAUGCAUACAUCACCGACAGAUUCUCGACCGACCCUUCUUAUAUCGCUUUCCCUGAUCUCCCGUCGCAUAAUCCAUCAUAUUCGCAAUUGAUGGCACGCGGGGACCGCGAAGAGACUGACUGGCUGUUACAUCGGAGCACGAGCUCGAUCCCCAUGGUUACAUAUCUCCCAGAAUCAUUGUCCGCAGACGGGGUUGAAAGUCCACGAAACCUGUAGGGUGUCUCCGCGUCCCACGCU